UUUGGAUCCCUUCACUCAUAAGUCAACUCUCAUAUAUUAUAUUUUCUCCUAUAAAUAGCCUGCGCAUCCUCUUCAUCCCUAUACCACACACAACAAUAAAAAAGAAAAAAAAAAAUAUAUCCUCAAACAUCCUAUCUCUCCAUCUCUCUCUCUCUCCAAUAUGGAUCACGAGGAAAUACCAUCAAUGCCCUCAACACCGGCGACAACACCGGGAACUCCAGGAGCACCGCUCUUUGGAGGUUUUGAAGGAAAGAGGAAUGGACAUAAUGGUAAAUACACACCAAAGUCAAUUCUAAAAAGCUGCAAAUGCUUCAAUGUUGACAAUGAAUGGGCACUUGAAGAUGGAAGACUCCCUCCAGUCUCUUGCGCUCUCCCUCCUCCUAACGUCUCCCUCUACCGUAAGUUGGGAGCAGAGUUUGUUGGGACAUUGAUACUGAUCUUCGCCGGAGCAGCCACGGCGAUUGUCAAUCAGAAGACAGAUGGAGCGGUCACGCUUAUAGGCUGUGCUGCCUCGGCUGGUCUUGCCGUUAUGAUCGUUAUAUUAUCGACCGGUCACAUCUCCGGGGCACAUCUCAACCCCGCUAUCACCAUUGCAUUUGCUGCUCUUAAACACUUCCCUUGGAAACAUGUGCCGGUGUAUAUCGGAGCGCAGGUGAUGGCGUCGUUGUGUGCGGCGUUUGCACUGAAAGCAGUGUUUGAACCAACGAUGAGCGGUGGCGUAACGGUGCCAACGGUGGGUCUCAGCCAAGCUUUCGCUUUGGAGUUCAUAAUCAGCUUCAACCUUAUGUUUGUUGUCACUGCCGUGGCCACCGACACUAGAGCUGUGGGAGAGUUGGCGGGAAUAGCGGUAGGAGCAACGGUCAUGCUUAACAUACUCAUAGCUGGACCAGCCACUUCUGCGUCAAUGAAUCCAGUAAGAACACUAGGUCCAGCCAUUGCAGCAAACAAUUACAGAGCCAUUUGGGUUUACCUUACUUCCCCAAUUCUUGGAGCGUUGAUCGGAGCAGGAACAUACACGAUCGUGAAGCUGCCAGAGGAAGACGAAGCACCCAAAGAGAAGAGGAGUUUCAGGAGAUGAUCCAUGAUAAAUAUUCAAAUCCCAUUCGCCAUGUGUUCUUUGUUUGCAUCACUAUGUGUAUAAUAUAAUCUCUGACGCCAGAGAAUAUAUCAUUAUUAUAUAAGCUCUAUCUGAAUCCAAAAAUACUGCGAAUGCUUUUUCGUUAUAAAUCAAAAUUGCAAUAUCGUUUUUGUCAA